AUGUUGUUCCUUACUUCCCUUUCCGUGAGUGAACAAAACCUAUUUUUUGGUAAAAUCCUACCCUCAGAAAGCGAACAAAAAAAUUUUUAUGAAAAAUAUUCUGAUAUAUAAGUGAUAAUUAUAAUGAAAUCUCUAUAAAAUUCUGUUUAAUUUUUAAACAUCAUAAUUUUACAAAUUAAAUUAAUAUUUGCUGUCUAAUUUCACGAUUUUUAAAAAAAAAUUAUUAUAGAAUUUAACCCCUCCAUGAGCGAACAAAAUUUUUUGUUCGUCAUAGAGGGAAUUUAGUAUCAAAUUUCAAAAAUCAAAAUUCCAGAAUUAUAAAAAUAUGUUUGGGAUUAUAAUUCCAGGUCAGCCUGUAAUUUAUAAUUUCACACAAAUUAGCGAAACACAAUGGACUAUAGAUUUACCGUCACCAGGCCUUAUCAACAAUUUGACAUUUUUCUUGGCUUCUCCCCUUCCUGAAGGUUAUGCAGCUGCAUUAUCUUACAGCAUCCCUCCAUUUGCGACAAUAGAGUUUUUAGGAGCAAUCGCAAAUGAGAGGCCAAGUGAUAUAAUUCAUACAGCAUGAAGCUUUAACCCUUCAAUAAACUCCUCUUCUUUGAUUAAACUGCUUAUAUCUGUAGAAUUGAUUUCGAAUAUUGCAGGUCUUGUCGAAAACAAAGCGAAUUCCGAUAUCAGACAACAGUACGCCAAAAAAGUGGCUUUAAAUCUAUAUAGAUUUAUGGAAAGUUUUAAUAAAAAUACUGAUAUGAACCAAGGAAUGCUAGUUUUGCCUGCAGAUGUGCUUGAUAAAUGGCUGAUUAGGUUUGAUCAAAAAUUCAGGCUUGACCCUUAUUUUGUGCUUAAUACAGAAUAA